GCGUCUUUUGGAAAGAGAGCGAGCUGUGGUUUCCUUUCAGCGAGACCUUUCUGGUGUUUUCAAAAAAUUGAGCCCCAAAAUCCCGCACUCACUCUCUUCUCUUCUCAACUGUAAUUACUUAGAGAAAAAGGAGCGCUCUCUCUCUCAGUUUCUGAUUUUGAGCACAAGAAUGGAUGUGCCAAAGGAUCAAAUCACAGCUCUUCUCGAUAACCAACUCUACAAUUCCGCUCAAAUUCUCGGUUGCUUUCUGGUUUCAUCAUCUACUGUUAAUCUCGAAACCAGCCCCCAGCUCAAAGCCGAGAAUCAGAUUCUUCUUGGAGAUGCAUUGUUUCGCGACAGAGAGUUUCGCAGAGCGAUUCAUACGUAUAAGCAAGCAUUGCAUUACUGCAAGAUAAUUCCGAAACAGAGUUCGACAACUUCUAGGAGUUCAUUAUCGAACAGGUCUUCUUCUCCGAAUUCUUUUAACAUUUCAGCAAUUAAUGAAAAUGAGGUGAAGUUCAAGAUCGCAUCUUGCCAUUCCGCAUUGAAUGAAACUAGAGCCGCACUUGUUGAGAUGGAAGGAAUUCCAAGCAAAGCAAGAACUUUACAAAUGAGUUUAUUGAUGGCAAAGCUUUAUAGAAGUUCAAGACAUACUCGCUUUGCUAUCACUUGUUACAAAGAGUGCUUAAGGCAUUGCCCUUAUGUCAUUGAGGCUAUCAUAGCUUUGGCGGAACUGGGAGUUGCUGCCAAGGAUAUCAUUUCACUUUUUUUACAGGCUUCAAAUAGAAGUGGGAGAGCUCCACUUGAUCAUACUGACUCUACUCGCUGGGUUCAACGCUAUGUUGAGGCCCAGUGUUGUAUUGCUUCAAAUGAUUACAAAGGUGGUUUGGAUCUCUUUGCAGAACUCCUGCAACGUUUUCCUCAUAACAUACAUGUAUUACUUGAAAUUGCAAAGGUUCAAGCCAUAAUUGGGAAGAAUGAUGAGGCCUUAAUGAAUUUUGAAAAGGUUCGAUCAAUUGAUCCAUACAUUGUAACUUAUAUGGAUGAGUAUGCAAUGCUUCUAAAGACAAAGGGUGAUUUUUCAAAGCUAAACAAGUUGGUGCAUGAUUUGCUGAGUAUUGAUCCCACAAGGCCAGAAGUUUUUGUGGCUUUGUCUGUCCUGUGGGAAAAGAAAGAUGAGAGAGGAGCACUGUCUUAUGCGGAGAAGAGCACCAGGAUUGAUGAGAGGCACAUUCUGGGUUACAUUAUGAAGGGUACUUUGCUAUUGUCACUAAAGCGGCCAGAAGCAGCUGUAAUUGCUUUCAGGGGAGCUCAAGAAUUGAGAGCUGAUCUCCGCUCAUAUCAAGGUUUGGUUCAUUCUUAUUUGGCAUUCUCCAAAAUUAAAGAGGCCCUGCAUGCUGCCAGGGAGGCAAUGAAAGCCAUGCCUCAGUCUGCAAAGGCUCUAAAAUUAGUAGGGGAUGUACAUGCUAGUAACUCUGGUGGAAGAGAGAAGGCAAAAAAGUUCUACGAGUCAGCACUGAGGCUGGAACCUGGUUACCUUGGUGCGGCAUUAGCUUUGGCUGAGCUUCAUGUCAUUGAGGGUCGAAAUGGAGAUGCUGUGUCUCUGCUAGAGCGAUAUCUCAAAGACUGGGCAGAUGACUCUCUUCAUGUCAAGUUGGCUCAAGUAUUUGCUGCCACUAAUAUGCUGCAAGAGGCUAUGUCACAUUAUCAGUCCGCAUUAAGAAUAAACCCACAGAAUGAAGCUGCAAAAAAAGGGCUAGAGCGCUUGGAAAAACAGAUGAAGGGGGUGGAUCCGGAUGCACCUGAAGAAGAGGAAGAAAAUGAGAUAGAAGAUGCAGAUGGAGACCAGGAAGAGACUGAUCUUUUAUAAAAGCAAAGCCAAAGAAGAUCUUGUAAAUUUAUACGAGAUCAGGAAAUUGUUUCCACCAAGAAUGUUGGCUGAGAGAAUGCCAUGACCAGUGUGGACUGCAGGAAAAAUUGAGGUGCUUUUGUAUGGUGCUUUUGCGUGAUGGCGUGUAGGAAUGAGAUUGUGUUCAAUAUGUUGUUUGUAUGUCAUGGUUUCAAUUGUAAUCUUGAACGGGGAAAGUUUUGAUUCCAGGGUCAUACGACCCUUAAUUUUCAAUGUAUACACGUCUUAUUUUCUGGUCCAGAAUUUACAUAAGUUGAUGCUAGAAAAUACUUUUGGUAGCUCGCCCUUAUAAUCGUCCCCCAGAAGUUCUUUGGACAUGUCGGCACACCCUAAAUUAUGUGGUAGUUGGCAAUUUAGUAAGGCGACUCAUGUUUUCUAGCUAC